GGGGGGCGGGGCUUCACGGGCGGGGCCGCGGGGUGACCCUGCCGGCGCGGGCCGCACCGAGCAGCAGAGGAACUCCAGCAGCAGUCAGCGCAGAGCCCAGCCCGUGCGGAGCUACCACCAUGCCCAAGUGCCCCCGUUGCCAGAAGGAGGUCUACUUCGCUGAGAAGGUUACCUCCCUGGGGAAAGACUGGCACCGACCAUGCUUGAAGUGUGAGAAAUGCAACAAGACCCUGACUUCAGGUGGCCAUGCUGAGCAUGAUGGGAAGCCCUAUUGCAACCAGCCGUGCUAUGCUGCUUUGUUUGGACCCAAAGGAUUUGGCCGGGGCGGUACCGAGAGUCACACAUUCAAGUAAACCUCAGGGCUGGAUGGAGAGGAUUCCCGGUGGAGCCUGAGGACAGCACAAGCACCACGACAAAUGCAUUUAAAUUCACUAUGUAAUUAACUAGCACAUUAAAAGUAAUAAAUUACCUAGAGGAAUUUAGCUGGCGGUGACGGGAGAGUCUCUGCUCUCUAUCUAUCAGGAUGUGGCGUGGGGGACGGGGGAGUUGGCCAAUAUCACUGAAAGCCUUGUGGAAAAAAAGAAGGUCCCAGAUCCCUUUCCAGCCAAACAUGUAGCCCUGCUUUCAAACCCAACCUCUAGUGGCAGGAUUCUGCAGAUGUAUUUGCAGCCACUAAUAAAGCCAGAAUGAAAGCC